AAGUUAUUUAAAAUUAGGAGCUUUUGAAGGCUUUGAAACUCUUCGGAAAAGAUUUUCUUAUAGUCUAAACGUUCCUACUUAUAACUGUCUUUUGCAGUACUAUGCGAAAGUCGGCGAUGGGAGAAGCUUCCAAAAAACACUACAGUAUGUGGUAACUGAAAAAAUAUUUGCUGCAAGUACGGCAAAGACAUUGCUAUUAAUAUUAGUGGGCUCGAAGUCCUUUUUUUCACGGGAACUCCUUUUUUUUGUUUUUCAAGUUUUAGAACUUUUAAAAAUCAAACCGACGGCGCCGUUGCUACACAUUUUACUCAAGGACCCUCCCUUGGAAUCCCAUCAGAUUCAAGAAUAUCUUUUACUCAUAAGAGAUAUCUUUGGCCGUUAUAGCAUUGUGUUUGACUCGUGGACUUUCCUUCACAUACUUAAUAUCUACAUCAAACACGAUCAGGAAACAAUCGUUUGGGAAAUUAUUAGUACUCUCGAAACUAGAAUGAAGGAGAAAAGCAUAAAAGCUUACCAGAAAAGCCUCCGCACUUUUUUCACUAAUGCAGUUUAUUACUUUUCUUUCAAGAUGGAUAAAGAGGCCGUACUGAAGCUGCUCAGUAUAAUGGAAAUUUGCUUCUGUCCUCCCCUUGCGUCAACUUUUUACAUCAUUCUCUCCAAAAUGCGCCACACGUGUUCUUUUAACGAGUUAUUUAAAUUCUUGACGCUGAUGAACUCCUAUGGGCUUCCAGGAGAUGAAGUUAUUUUCUCUUUAUUUUUUGAUAAAGUGAGUAAUGAAAGGGAGCUCAAGCUGCUUAUGAGCUUUGUGAAGUUAAAAGACAACUGCUGUAGUUCUAAGCUGUAUGAUAGCGCCAUACAAGCGCAUUUGAGAAUAGGGCUUCUUGUCGAGGCGAAGUCGCUUUUCGACGAAUCGUCUAAAAAAGACUUUUCGAUUUCUAUAAAAACUUCUGUACUGCUCGUCGAUGCAUUUGUGAAGAAUAAAAAUUUACAAACUGCUAAACUGGUUUUAUUUGCUAUAAAAGGAGUGAGCCACGCAACUUCGGGCCCCUUGUCGGUCUUAUUAAAGCUAUACUAUGAAACCAAAGAUCACACCGUUUAUCUUAAGCUUAUAAGAACUUUCAAAGAGCAAAGAGCAGAGAUAAGAAAGAGGGGAUUUCUUCACUGGGCGACCAACGAUAUCAAUGAUAAUAACCACGAAAUGUGGAGAAGAGAACUUAAACGAGCAAUGGAACCAAUAACGCAACGGGAACAUAACAAAAUCAUAAAAAAUUUUGCUCAAAACAUCGGGAAAAGUUUAACUAUUUAA